AUGAGCAAAAAACAGCCAAAUAAAUUUGACAACCAAGAUCGAUCUUUAAGUUUAGUCACUAAUAAAUCACAUUCACCAACUCCACCUAUACAGAAUCCCGAGGAUAUACCUUUGACUGAUUUUGCUCCGUCAACAAUGUCCACAUCGGAGUUGUUGGCUGAUGACUACGAGAACGAAUCAGGGGAAGAAUACAUGAGACUUUACCAUCAAGAUCGGAAAAAACGAUGGCUUUACAAGACCAAGCGAUUUUUCCACAAGUUGUGGAUCGGUCCCGAAGAGCCUAGAGACGACUAUGCGCCACGAAUUUCAAAAUUGGAGUUUCUCGAAGAGCUACCGGUAAAGUUUAAUACCAAUGUACCCCUACUAUACAGAAGAGUCUUGCUUACAAUCUAUCUUGUAUUCUGGUUUGGGUUGUGCUACUCAAUUUUGAUACCCUAUUUGACUGUGCCACCUUCGUCGUCGGAUCCAUCAACUCCUCUUAUUCAUAGUCUAACUUGUCUGUCGCUGCGUGAAUUUUGGAACGGAAAGAAUGCAGCGUGUGGUUUGAAUGGAGAUUCGUGCCCGGAAAUUGUCAAGCAUAGUGGCGAUAAUGAUGUGGUAAUACGAUGUCCCGCAUUAUGUGAUCGUGGAAGUUGGACUUACUCGUUAAUCCCAAUCGGAGAUCAAAGAAUCAAGUACAGGGGUUAUUUCAUUGGAGGUGGUGAUAAAGUCGUUUCUAAAAUUGAGGACACGCAACUAACAAACCCAUACCGUGCAGAUUCUUAUCCAUGUGGUGCGGCAGUUCAUGCUGGGUUGAUUUCACCGUUUUGGGGUGGAUGUGCUCGCUUAUCAUACAAAAGCAAGAAUCAACCAUACUUUGAGUCAGCAAAGGGUCAUUACGGCGUUGAUGACUCGAUCGGUUUCAAAUCGUUCUUCAAGUCCUCAUUUUAUUUCAAAAAAUUGAAACUAGCUAGUGAAACUUUCCACCAAUGCCAUGACCCACGAAUUGUGAUACUCAUGAUAAAUAUUCUUCUUGGUCUUCCUGUUGUCUACCUUGCGAGUGGUGCCACAGUGUACUGGGUAAUAAAUGUGGUGGGGUUCUGGACCAUUUGCUUAGCCACAGAUCCCCCCAUAGUUGUUGACGCUACAGAUCCGCAAGGUUUUGCCAGCUUGAUCUCACUUGGGUUGGAACGAUUUUUGCCUACAUGUUCCAUCUUGUAUAUUUUGUGGCAUUCGUCAACCAAGAGAACAUUGUCAGAGCCGGCUUCUCCUGAUGAAAAGUUUUCUUAUCUCAGUCGUGUGCUCUUGUGGUAUCCUUUAUUCUGGUUGGGGGUGUUAAACAAUGUCAGUUUUGAUAGGCUACCGGUUGAUAGGCUAACAAUAAGCGACUUGAAAGAGCAAUCGGGUGCUCUCUUAGCAGUCUCAGCCAUAAUUGUUACAAUAUCAAUCUGUGCCGUUAUUCAGGCGUACAAGAUUUGGUUAUCUGGUCGCUUUCGAAAGUACUUGCGUGUGUAUUCCAUUUUUGUGUUGGGAUUGGUACUUUUAGCUCAAAUACCAGGUCUAAGUUUAAGGGUACAUCACUAUAUCUUGGCGAUGUUGUUGAUUCCAGGCUGUGCAACGCGUGGUAGGACAGCACUAAUGUUUCAGGGAAUUCUUUUGGGGUUGUUUCUCUCUGGAGCAUCAAGAUGGGGGUUGGCGGCGAUUGCGGAAACCAUUACUUCGCUCAAGCGUGAUGAUCCAUUGGGUAAAAUCUUUCCACCAAUCUUUACCGCAUACGACUCUGGAUCGGGAGUAUUGCAAUGGCAACUUGUGCCUGAAAAUGCAACAAGUGUUGCAGCAGCUUACAAUAAGUAUUCAUCGAUCUCGUUGUUAAUCAAUGAUAUCGAAUACUUUGUCUCGGACAACAUUUCCUCGCUAGAUUUGAAGAGUUUGUUGACGAAUACUACUGCGCCAUUUUACGAUUCGCUCCAAGACACACUUCGCAAUGGAAUCAAAGAUGGCAAUGGUGAUAUCCCGUUGUAUAUCAGAAUUGGAAGAAAGAUCCCUAAUACAAUGGUGUAUAGCGAUUUCUCCAAUGCUGCUAUCUUGAGAUGGCCAAGUGGGAUUCUUACCUUGCCUUUACCUGGCCUCACUUAA